AUGCAGCGUUGGCCACAAUCCAGUGCCCGGAGAGACACGGGUCUGAGGCCCAGGACAGCUUGUGCUCAAGGUGACAGUUUGACACACACAGAUUUCUUACCUCACCCGGAAAACCAUGCUAGCCAGACAUUGAACUGCUUUGACCUUCCCUUUCACAAUAUACCCCCGUCAGAGCUUAUCGCUCUCCUCUUCCCCCUACCAGGAGGCUUGUGUUUACUUGGCGCGUAUGCAGACAGCGAUGAUGAGGAGGGUGAAACUCCUGAGAAAUCGGCACAUUCCACAGACGCAAAUGGAAAUAAUUCAGCAGACAUUGACAGCACGCUGGCAAACUUUCUGGCGGAGAUCGAUGCCAUCACAGCUCCUCCGCAGCCUGCUGAGUCCACGGCCGCGGCCUCCGCUCCGCCUCCCACGCCUCCGCGCCCUGAGCCCAAGGAGCCUGGCUCAGGUCACUCCUCGGCCACUGCCAACGGCACAGGCUCUGCUCAGGCCCCAGAGUGGCAGUAUGACACCCAGUGCUCGCUGGCGGGAGUGGGCGUGGAAAUGGGUGACUGGCAGGAAGUGUGGGACGAGAACACCGGCUGUUACUAUUACUGGAACACUCAGAGCAACGAGGUGACCUGGGAGCUGCCGCAGUAUCUCGCGACGCAGGUUCAGGGUCUGCAGCACUACCAGCACAGCGCAGUGGCAGGUGCCAAUGGGAGUUUCGUAGUGGCUACGGACCUGUACCCCCAGGAGAAGGGGGUCGCUACAGGCAGUGUGAGCCGUGGGGCCAGCCUUACCAAGCGAGAGGUGAAGAAGGAAGUGAACGAAGGCGUGCAAGCCCUCUCCAACAGCGAGGAGGAGAAGAAAGGGGUGGCUGCAUCCCUCCUGGCACCUCUCCUGCCUGAUGUGGUGAAGGAGGAAGAAGAACGCUGGAGAAGAAAGGUGAUCUGCAAAGAGGAAGUUGAGCCACCCCCAGAAGAGGAAGCCAAAGCAGAAGAAGUGGCGACUGCCCCUGAAGAGCCGGAGCCUUGCAGGGAUCCUCUGGAAGACACGCUGCAGGAAGAUCUGUGCAGUGUGGUGCAGUCAGGGGAGAGCGGUGAGGAAGAGGAAGAGCAAGACACCCUUGAGCUGGAGAUGGUGCUAGAGAGAAAGAAGGCAGAACUGCGUGCCUUGGAGGAGGGAGAUGGCAGUGUUUCGGGCUCCAGCCCGCUCUCCGAUGGGAGUCAGUCAGCCUCACAGGAUGCAACCCGCAGGCUGGCCUCCAAGCGAGGGAAAUGGAAACUGUUUGUUGGAGCUGCCAGCCCAGAGUCUACUAGUCGGGGCUCCAGCAAAACAGGCCGAGAGAGCCCAGAAGUUGGAGAAGCAGCAGCGAGCACAGAAGCUGCUGAAGAGAAUUCAGACAAAGAGGCAGAGCCUGAAGAGCCCCAGGAGAAAGCAAAAGUGCAAGGGGCACCAAAAAUAGAAGAGGAGGAGCAGGACUUAAAGUUUCAAAUCGGAGAGCUGGCAAAUACUCUGACUAGUAAAUUGGAGUUCCUGGGCAUCAACAGACAAUCUGUCUCCAACUUCCACAUGUUGCUGUUGCAGACGGAGACCCGCAUUGCUGACUGGCGAGAAGGUGCUCUCAAUGGAAACUACCUCAAACGCAAACUUCAAGACGCAGCCGAACAGCUAAAACAAUACGAAAUAAACGCCACCCCUAAAGGCUGGUCCUGCCACUGGGACAGGGAGCAUAGACGCUAUUUCUAUGUUAACGAGCACUCAGGAGAGUCGCAAUGGGAGUUCCCCGACGGGGAGGACGAAGAGGAAGGACAGCAGACCACCGACAGAAAAGCCGACGGUCCUCCUAAACCACCUCCCAAAGAAAAAGGAGAGCACGCCGGGGACUCAUCAGAGCACUCCGCAGGCUCCCUUUGUAAAGAAUCCUUCUCAGGCCAAGUUCCUGCUACGUCUCUCAUGCCGCUCACUCCAUUUUGGACUCUACUUCAGUCCUCUGUCCCGGUACUCCAACCUCCUUUGCCUUUGGAAAUGCCUCCGCCGCCUCCGCCUCCACCAGAUUCGCCCCCACCACCGCCACCGCCCCCACCGCCUCCUGGAGAAGACGGAGAGAUCCAGGAAGUGGAGAUGGAAGACGAGGGGGGUGAGGAGCCACCCGCCCCGGGAACGGAAGAAGAGGCUCCCCUGAAGCCUCUCCCCCGCCCGCCUGUUGAAUUCCUGGCACAGGGCAAGAAGGGUAAAACGAAGAUGCCAUCUCUGGUGAAGAAGUGGCAGAGCAUCCAGCGGGAGCUGGAUGAGGAAGAGAACUCCAGCUCCAGCGAGGAGGACCGAGAGACGACUGCGCAGAGGCGCAUUGAGGAGUGGAAGCAGCAGCAGCUGCUGAGUGGCAUGGCAGAGAGGAACGCCAACUUCGAGGCACUGCCGGAAGACUGGCGAGCGCGGCUGAAGCGGAGGAAAACCACUUCAAGCACAUGAGGCGCGCGGCACUAUUUUUUACAGAUGUACAGUUUAGAGCCCUUUACGACUUGACCGUUGUCCAAUAAAUUGUAGCAGU